AUGGCACCAACCGUUGAGAUAACGAUUCCAUCUACUACCCUUUCACAGACUUCCCCUCCGCACACCGUUUACCACAUCACCCUCCGCCUUCCUCUCCGCUCCUUCACGGUCCCCAAACGCUACUCGGACUUCUCAACCUUCCACAAGACCCUCAUCUCCCAAACAAACGCCCCGCCGCCAGCUCCAUUACCUUCGAAAACAUGGUUCGUGAAGACUGUCUCGAAUGAUCGGUUGCGGGAAGACCGCCGUCAGGGUCUAGAGCAGUACCUCCGGGCGAUCAAUGAAUCUGACGAUGGCCGUUGGCGUACCUCUCCCGCGUGGCGUGCUUUCCUCAACCUCCCAACCGCAGUCGCAUCGACCGGCAACGGAUCAACAAACACCUCCACUCGUCUCCACGCAGCUAUCACAGACCCAGCAUCGACAAAUGCACCAAUCACAGACCCGACGCUAUGGCUAGAUUACUACCGCGACAUGAAGAAUUAUCUCCAUGAUGCCCGACUACAACUCUCUCGCCGAGACCAGGAGACAACGCCACAGAAACAGCAUGAAAGUUCCGCACAAGCGAAAGGCUGCCUUGUCCGUGCCGGGACAAUGAUCACCACUCUAGACGAAGGACUGAAGAAUCUAGGACGCGGUGACCACAGCUCCGGGUCACAGGCAACAUCCACCCUGGGCGGAGGCGAGAUCCGCCGACGGAAAGACCUUCUCAUCAACGCGCGCAAGGAGAAAGACGGCCUAGAAGACCUCCUUCACGCCAUGGCAACAAAGAGUCGACUCGACCACGCCGUAGCAUCUAUUCAGGAUAAAGAAGCGCUGAUGAGCGCCGGGAAUGCGGCUGGAGAUGGCGCAAGCGGUGGGCGCAGGACGCCGGCUCGGACGGGCAGAGUCCUCGGCAAAGAAACGGAGCGGACGCGUGAGCUUGACAACGAUGGCGUGCUUCAGUUGCAGAGGCAGAUGAUGGAAAGCCAGGAUCAGAAUGUGGAUGAGUUGAUGAAAAUCAUUAUUCGACAGAGGGAGUUGGGCACGCGGAUUAACGAGGAGCUCGAGGUGCAGAAUGACCUGCUGAAGUUGGCGGAUGAGGAAACCGAUAUGUUCGUCUAUAUCCUUUCAUUGGUGGGACCUUGCUAA